AUGGCAGUCGAAUCAAACAGCGUAGCAGCAGUGGCGGUCUUGGCCCGACAUACCAAUUUGCUUAUCUUGGAGAAAGAGGAGAAUAAUCACCCAUUAGCAGCCAUGAUGGGAAUGAUCAAUAAAGAACCUAUUCUGGAUCCGAUGGUCAUCAUUUUGAAAGCGCCACUCUUAAUACGAUACGAAGGCAUGAGCAGGCCGAAGUUGGCUGACCCCAGGAAGCUGAGGGCUAGUAUCUUAUACGCCAACUGA